AUGGCUCACUUAACUCGAUGGGGUAUCAUGGCCACGGGUGGCAUUGCGAAAACAUUUGUCCUCGACCUUUUAAAAGACCCCAAGACCCGCGAUGCCACUGAUGUCGCCCACCAGGUCGUCGCCGUCGCCUCGUCGUCCUCCAAGGAUAGAGCAGCUCAAUUUAUCACGGAUGCCGGUAUUCCCGGUUCCUGCGCCGCAUACGCUUCGUACGAAGAGCUCGUUGCCGACCCCGAUGUGGACGUUGUGUACAUUGCUACUCCGCAUUCUCACCACUACCAGAAUGCCAUGCUGGCUCUCGAGGCCGGCAAAAAUGUGUUGUGUGAGAAAGCGUUCACGGUCAAUGUAGCUCAAGCCAAGAUACUGGUCGAGACCGCGCGGAAGAAGAAUCUAUUUCUGAUGGAAGCCGUCUGGACUCGCUACUUUCCAUUGAGCAUCCAAGUGCGCGAGUUGAUUCAACAGGGUGCUAUUGGUGAAGUGUUCCGAGUUCUUGCUGACACCAGCUUUGGCGAUGAUCCUGAGACCAAAUGGGGUCUUGAAAGCAGAAUGGUGAACCUUGAUCUGGCUGGUGGUUGCCUUUUAGAUCUUGGUAUCUAUUCUCUUACAUGGAUUUUCCAGACCCUUUAUCAUACUCUACCCAGAGACCAGAGAAAGCCACCAACUGUUACAUCUCAAGUCACACCCUACCACCUCACUGGCUCAGACGAAAGCACCACAGUUCUCCUUGGUUUCCCGACCUCUACCCCGAACAAUGGACCUCAUGUCAAGCAUUCCCACGGCGUGGCUUUGACCAGCAUGCGUGUUGGUAAUGACCCGGAUGAGAAGGGUACCUCCGGGCCCCCAAUUCGUAUUCAAGGUGAUAAAGGAGAGAUUCAGGUUUUCGGACUACCAUUCCAGCCUACACGGUAUCGCGUAAUCCCAAAGAAGGGUCUCGGGGAGGUCCGUGAUGUUGAGUUCUCAUUCCCCGCCAAUGGUCGCGGUAUGUACUGGGAGGCCGAUGAAGUUGCCCGUUGCUUGCGGGGUGGUAAAUUGGAGAGUGAAGGUAUGCCGUGGGAGGAAAGUCUUGUGAUCAUGGAGGUCAUGGAUGAGGUACGAAGGCAGGGUGGUUUGAAGUAUCCUGAGUCGAUUGAGUCUACUCAAUAUCCACUGGAGCUGUGA